AUGCUCUUUUCAAUACUAUCAGCACUCGUCCUCGCCGCGACAGCGUCAGCCCACAUCGUCAUCUCAUACCCGGGCUGGCGCGGUAAUAACCUCAUUACCAAUGACACAUUCCCCUACGGCAUGCAAUGGAACUACCCAUGCGGCGGCAUGCACGUCACCCAAAACCGCACCUACUGGCCCACGACGGGUGGUGCUCUCGCCUUCCAACCAGGCUGGUUCCAGGGCCACGCCCAGGCAAUGAUGUAUGCCAACAUGGGCUUCGGCAGCGACGGGCCCGACGGCGGUCCCAUCAACAUGUCUUUCCCCAUGGUCCCCGUCUUCCAAAUCCUUGGUCCCAGCAAAAACCCUUACCCGGGCACCGUCUGCCUCCCGCAAGUGCCCCUCCCGGCAAACACCACCGUCAAGGCCGGAGAUCACGCCACGAUCCAAAUUGUCGAGCUUGCUGUUCACGGCGCCGCUCUGUUCUCAUGCGUCGAUAUUGAAUUCGCUGAGCCAGGCGACCCGAAAAUCGGAAAAGUCAACGAGACAAACUGCUUCAACUCCACCGACAUCGGCUUCGGCGACGUCUACACUAUCACGACAAAAGAGUCUGGCGCGGGGUAUGUGCAAGGAACAUCCGCUGGCGCAAGGACGACAACGAGCUUCUCCGUCGCUGGUUUGCUCCCGCUUGUGCUCGGUGCGCUCUGGAUCCUGCUGUGA